CAUCAUUUCUCGUGUACACAACCAGAGAAUGUACAUUUACAUACAUUAUACGUUCUCUGACACAACUACGAAGCAACAACAAUAGCGUUAAAUGACGGGACGGAACAUAAAACGUAAAAAUUUAGAGGAUUAAAUUUAAUUAAUUUAAAUGAAGUGUGAAUUGUGUAUAACAUGAAAUUAAUUAGAAAAUGCACAUAUAGUUUUAAAGAUCAUUGUAGAUAAAGUGGUUUUGCGGGGGCAUGUGUUCGUGGUUAGACGGAGUGCAAACAUAAAGGCUGUAGUGAAAAACGAAAAAAAAUUCACACAGGAGUGGCAACAUGGAAUGCUGGAGAAGCGAAAAUUAAAUUUAGUGUUAUAAUUUUUCCAGUUUCGGAAGAGAUUUAAUUGAUUUUUUUUUUUUUAAAUCAUAUUGCAGAAAUAUUGUUACUUACUGUUGCAUUUUUAUAAUUAGUCAUACAAUAAUCAAAAUAUACAUGUAAAGAGUGGUGAAAAGGCGUGAAGUUUUUCCUGUAAAUUAAAAGUUGUACAAAGGAAAAGGCAACAAACCAUUAUCAUAAAGUGAAAGCGAAUGAAAAAGGGAAAUCUACGAUUAUUAAAAAAAAAAUAUGUAAAAAAACGUGUGGUACGUGGAACGUGCAGCUGCUUAGAAGUGGAAGAAAGGAAAAGAAGAAAAGUGGAAGGCGUAUUGUGGCGGGCAGGGCGGUAUAACAGCUGCCACAAACUACUAUAGUAUAACCCCAGAAAAUUAAAGUUUAGCAGUGCUCGCAUUUUCGUGUAAUUAAGUAAGAUAGUAUUUUUGCUCGAAUUGCAGAAGUUCUGCGACAAUCAUUGCUAAUUAUUUACUAGUAUAAAUAAUAAAAAUGUCCAGCUGGGCGCGACGUGCGGCAGAUAUUAGUAGUGUUGUCACUUCUUGUGGGCAUCCCGGCGCCUCUGCGCCAGAGUAUACUUAUAGAUUGGAGAAAGUUAAGUUUGGUGUACCACUUGAGGAAGUUUGUAAAAACAAUGAAAACAUUCCAGGACCACUCUUGGUUCUUAUACUUAAAUUAAAUAAAGAAUCACCAAAUAGAAGAGACGUUUUUCGUGCCCCUGGACACCAGGGAGCUAUGAAAAAGUUAAUACAUUUUCUGCAGUCGGGUCGUUUAGUGAAUGUCGACAACUAUUCAGUUUAUACGAUUGCAAGUGUGCUAAAGAAAUUUCUACGAAAAAUACCAAAUGGUAUCUUUGGGCGAACGGGUGAAAAAGAAUUAUUUGACAUUAUAGAGUUGGAGAAUGAGUCGGAGCAGACGGAUCGCUUGCAUAGAUUAUUUACAUCACUGCCGAAAUACACUCAACGUUUACUAGUUUUACUCUUUGGUACAUUCCGUGUUAUUGCCAGCAAUGCAACACAGGCCAGUACAGGCAUGACCAGCGAAGCCCUGGGAGUUUCAGUGGCACCAAGUUUCUUUCAAUCCUGCGUUAGUGAUGGGAAAACAGCACGUAUGGAAGAUGUGCUUAAAUUCAAGGUGGCUACAAAAAUUAUGAAGCAAAUAAUCGAUAAAUUUGCCACACAUGACUUAUUUGGACGUGAAAAUUAUGAAUACUAUGCGCGAGUUACUGGACGCAUACUCAAAGUACAGGACGAAUGGAUUUGUAGUUUUCAGUAUCCACCUCCACCACGUGGUAAAUUGGCACAGCAAAAGUAUGCACUACAACACUCCCUUGAGGCAGAAAAGACAUGGUUACAGUGCCAGUGCGAGCGGUGGGGUUUGCUCGCUCAGGAAGAAUCCCGCUCAACUCCUGCCUUGCUAACAAGCUCAAGCUCAGCUUUAGACAACAGUGUGCUUUCAUUGGGCGUAACACCAGAACAUUCGUUUAUUGAAUCAUGUGCUCGCCUAUCUGUCUCUUUAGAAGGACCAAGUCUGUUUGCGAUGACAUCAUCGCCCAUACCGAAGCGAAACAUACCAGAUUUGCAACGCGACACCGACAAUGAUGCUGACGUCGACGAGGAGAACUUCGGCGACGAAGAUGCAGAUGCCAACGACGGCGGCGAAGUAGGAGACUUUGCCGCUGAACUCGAAAUAAAUAACGACGAAGAUUUCGAAAACAAUCCGAAAGCCAACUUUCCAUCACGCAUGGCCGUGCAAAGUGGCUUACAUAGAGCAGUAGCUGCCAGAGGCAAUAACCGCCAUGUAAUGCCUAGCAACGCUGCCCUGAAUACCACUUACACUGUCAGUAUUGACAAUGACGAUGUUGUGGAUUCUAAUGAUGACGAUGGCGAUGACGAAGUGACGGUUGUAAGACGUCGCUAUCGUCAAAAUAAAAAGAAAAUACUAACUCAAACUAGAAUGCAACAUCAGCGACGUUUGCGAGCCGGCUCUAAGAGCCUUGAUGGCGGCGAUCGCUCCUCACAAACGCCUCUGAAUAAUGAGACAAACGAAAAUAGAAACAAAAUGAAGAACAACAAAAUACAGAGCACCACGACAACACAAAUUAGCAGCGGAACUAGUGGUGGCAUUAAAGCAACUACACGUACUUGCAGUCGUUGUAAUCGCGGUAUACGUCACUCGUCCUCUUGUUCCUCAGCUUCUGGAGGAGGUGCUGGCAGCGUAGGAAAUGGCGGUGGUAUGACUAUGGAAGAAUUACGCGCUGUCAAUCGCUAUGCCGAGAGUACAAAGAGUCUUUCUUAUUUGCCACAGGUCCAUGAGCGCCAAACAGCACGCAUGCGCACUCGUUCAGAAUGGUUUUUGGGUCCUAGAGAUAGUGAAUUGGCAUUGAAUUUGCCAACCACAUGCAGCAACUGUUGUUUGGCUGCUGUUCAAAAGCAGCAGCUACAGUUACAGCAGCAGCAGCACCCACACUUUCAAACACAUGGCUAUCUUGGAGGCGGUAGCACACGCGACAUGCGCGCACAUUGUAGCGGAUUUGAUAACGACGAGGAUGACAAUGUACACAAUUUAAUAGUUAGCAAUAGUGGUGGCCAUAAUGCCAAUGCGCUCUAUUUGUAUUACAAGAAACGGCUGCAACAGCAACAAAGAAUGAAUACCAAUUCUCAACAGGUAAUGCAAACAGAGCAUAUGGAUACGGAUGACAGCUGUAAUGCUUAUGACUAUGGUCCACCAACAUAUCAAUGUAAGCAGCAUUUACAAGUUGAUACGUCCAACGUACACUCACAAUCAUCUGAGCUUCGCGUAAUGGAGCCAACAUCAUCGGCGUAUGCGAUUGCGUCUAAUAGCUCCGGCCGUCGCAUGUAUUUGGAUCCGAAUACGACAACAACAAAUAUCGGUAGCUAUGUUACCUCACAUAAAUCUUCUAACAAUUAUUAUUUGUAUGAUUCGAAUGAUACCACUAAUGCAUCUACUUUCACAACAAAUUCUAUUGCAACCACUUUUAAUUCUACUUCUACAACAACAACUACUACUUUAAGUUUGCAAACAAAUUCAAUUUCUACUUCUGCCAAAUUUUCUAUUGAUAUCAGUCACAACUACAACUACAAUACUAACAAUAACAGUGAAACUAUCUAUAUAGAGAAUGCUAACUGUAACAACAAUAAUAUAGAGAUUAAUAAUACUAACCAAACAUUGUUAGCAAGUAAUCUCCAACAUACCUACAAAUUGUCUAACACUAAAUAUUCACAUUCAGCUACAAAACCAGUGUCAACAAAUUAUGAACCUCAUCAACGCAAUCAUCAACACUUUAGCUCACAAAUCAGAAACAUUGAUUCGCCUUCAUACUUGUAUACACAUUCACAAUCACCGAAUCAUAUACGCCAACAUCAGGUAUAUAAACGUGGUUCAAAGCUGCCCAGUCACUACCAUUCGACCGAUUCCGUGCGAUACUGCGAUGUAGACUUAGAUGUGGAAAUAGUAACCGAACCGACUAUGCACACAUCUCGCCUAUUUUAUAGUCCGCGUAAGCAAGUAAUCUCUGCCAGACGUUGUAAUUCCACACACGAUCUUUAUAAAAUUAAGAGCGACGAUGUUGAGGUUAACAGCGAUCUCGAUCAUAAUUAUCUAACAUACUCGCUACCGAGCGACCAAAAUCGAGCAGAUUUCGAUACAGUUACAGAGCCAUCUAUACUCACGAAUCGUGUCGAGUCUUGCGAGGUAUACUCUGAUUCGUCAGAAUUUUUCAAUGCUAGUUUGCUGGAUAACUCCCUAGCGCCUGUUUCAACAACAAGCGAGAUGAUUGGUACGAGCGGCUUGCCACUGGCCGCUGCUGAAGAAGUCGAUUUUAUACACACGUCUCGCUAUAGACAGAGUACGCCUCGCGUUCAACGCCGUCAGCAACAGCUGAGACGACGGCAACGUUUGGCUUCCACAUCGACGCAAUAUCACUCGAUGAACUCGACAAAUGCUAGUAGUUUGUUGAUGACGACGGCGGACGGCGGAAACGGCAGUGACAGUGGCAAUGGCAGAAACACGCGCACUGACAGCGGCAACAAUUUCGUUACAGUCAUUUUUAAUGUAUUGGACUUUUUAUUUUAAUGCUAAAUUAAGUGAUUAAACUGCUCUACUCUUACCUUUUAGCGCUUAUUUUCCAUAUACAAGGCGAUUUUAUAUAUUUUACUCAAAUGUAAUGCAUUAUAUGUUGGUAUUAACGACAUUUUCGGUUGUAUUACUAGAUUACAGUUUAUAUACAUAUGUAAAUAUGUAUAUUGUGUACAUCUGUGUUAAUUUAUGUUUGUGUGUAAAAUAUUUAUGUCGUUUUUUUGUAUUUGGUUAUUAUUGUCCUUAAACAUUUUAUAUGAUUUUCAUACGAAGUAAAUAUAAUUUAAAUGGUAAAUAACUGCCCUUUAAAAAACACCCUUUUUGAUAACAUUAUCGAAAAAUAAGGAGCUCGUAGUAUCGUUUCAAAUCUUAAAUAUUUGCAUUUUUAGAUAAAAAAGAACAGAACUCACUAUAUUGCCUAAACAAGUCAAAAUCAACAUAACAUAAAAUAUGUUAGUGAAACCUUUCAGCAAAGACCAAAUUUUUGAAUCUAGAUAUUUUCUAAAUAAUCUUAUUCGACGGAAGAAACUUCCUUUUGAUUAGAUUCGUUUAUUCUUCCACAUAUUAUUGAUUUUGGACAAAAGCAUUUUCAACUUCACAAUAAUGCUUAUAUUAAAUUUUCGAUACCCCUGAUCCAUGUAUUUAGACCUCAUCUAUUGUCGCGGUAAAACGAACGAUUACUACAAGGAUUUAAUCCUUUUUAAAAUAAAAUCAAAGAAAUAAAUUACGGAUUAUAGGUAGACGUGAAAACCCCCUUCAGAAUUUCGACUUUAUAAAUAGAAGCCAAAUUUGUUAUUAUUAUUAGAAAUUACUUUUUUAGGAAAAAAUUUUAUACUAAUUGGGAACCAUAUAUUUGUAAGAAUCUGCAAGUUAAAUUUUCUUUGAUCUCAACUUUGUGAAGGCACUGAAAUUGGAAAUAAAAAAAAAAAUAAAAGUGUCCUUAUAUUAAAUGAUACAAUUUCGAAAUUCGAAUAUUCUGCGAGAUAUGUAUAUCCGUACAAUUACAUUAUUUUUAUAAAAUCAUUUAACUAACAUCCAAUCAAAUAAGCAUUUUUAGAUGUGACAAAUUCGCACACUGCAUAUCAGGGCUUAUAUGCAGUGUGCGAAUUUGUACUUGUAUAGACUCAAGUAGACAAUUUUGUCACAAAAUAAAUUGCCAAGUAGAGAUUUCAAAAUCUUGCUAUCUUUUGACCACAAAAAUUAAGCAUAAGUAUUUAGAACUUUUUUUUCCAUUUGGCGGUAUAGGAGAAAAUGCUCUCUGAAAAUUUGGAUUUCUAUAACAAAUAGCUGAAAGAGCGAAUAUAUUACUUAACAAACUCCUGACACCCUUUAGAGUACAUUUAUUUUAAUUAUGUUUUUAUUUUUUUUAUAUUAAUUUUUUUCCUUUCAAAUCCCAAGUCUUUUCUGUUUUUUUUUUAUAAUAACCUAUUUGUUUGUAAUAAAUAUAGCCAUGUAAAUAAUAUAUCUCAAAUAUAUAACAUUAAAAUGUAGUUCCAUUAAGUAGGUUUUAAUUUAAAUUUAAUAAAUACUAAAAAUAGUGUAUAAUUUUUAUAUGUGUAUUAUCAUAAUUUGUUUGUGUGCUGUUUCAAAAUAAAAAUUAUAACUUUAACCUGAUUUGGUUUUGUGUUUUUAUUAUUCUUUAUUGGUUAUGUAAUUAGUGAAUCUGCUGAUAAGCUGUUAAGCCUGCGAAAAAGCUUAAAAUUUCUUAUAUGGCGUCUUGACUAAGCUUUGUUUUGUUCCACUUUUGUUUAAUUUUUUAAUGAUGUGAAUUUAUUAACUUGUUUUUGUGCUUCAAAAGUUUUAACCUCACACUUUCUUAAGUCAAAAACUAAUACAUUGACCAAAAAUUUACUUCUACCCUAUUUUAGUUUUUUUUUGUACUCAUACACACCUCUUACAUUGGCUAAUGCACACUUGCAUAGAAAAAAAAACAAAAAUAAA